UCUAUUUUUGUUUUAAACUGUUUGUUGGAUUAUGUGAUUUUGAAAGAGGAGUACAGAUCUUUUCAUUGGUUUGUUUGUGUUUUACGUCCUAUUAACAGCUAUGGUCAUUUAAGGACGUGCCAGGUUUUGGUGGUGGAGGAAACCAGGAGCUCCCGGGGAAAAAAUACCGACCGACGGCCAAUACCUACCUAAGAUCUUUUCACCAAUGCAAUGAUGACAUUCCAGCAAAGGUUGUGUAAGACGGCAAGUGGUAUUUGACUGACUUACAUAAUUGUGACAGGGAGUUGAGACAACCUUACUACCAUUUCGGAACAUUGCAAAAUAAUAUUUUGCAGCCCAUUUUGUGGAAAUUAUACAAUAUUGUGUUGAAAGAUUCAAAAGGAAGGAUUAAUUUGACUUCAACAAACCAUCACCAUGGAAAUGACCGUACACAAUGUUUUACUUUCAGCGAUCCUUUUAGUUUCAGCCAUAGGCAGCGUUACUUCUAUUUCUGCACCAGGAACGCCGCAGAUUACUAAUUUCCCUAAUACUGCCAUCCAGGGGGAUGUGCUUACCGUGACAUGUAAAUCAACAGGAGGUGAUCCUGACCCGCAACUCUGGUGGUACCAGGGCAGCGCACAGAAGGACAACACCUAUAUUGUACAGGUGACAGGCUCCACACGGAUCACGGAGAACAAUUACACUUUUAGUGUGAUGCGGUCACAUGAAAAUGAGGAUUUUAGCUGUACAGCGCGAAACACUCAGGACACCAGGACAACCACAGUCACAUUCGCUUCUGUCUACGCGACACCAGGGAAUCCCGUUUUGACUGGUCCGACAACCUUCAGCAUGGGGACCUCCCAAACUUGGAACUGCAAGACAUAUGGGGGCUACCCACUACCCACUAUCUCGUGGUAUCUGGGGGAUCAGAUUAUCACCGGAGAUUGGACCAAUGUUACAUCGUCGAACAGCACAUAUGAUGUGGAGAGUCAAUCAACCCGAACUGUUCUUGCAGCAGAUAAUGGCAAACAAAUACAGUGCCGAGUAAAUCAUCAACAGACCCUGGCUACACCCAAGGUCACCAGCAAAACUCUCACUGUAUACUCGCCACCAACCGUUUCCAUAACACCUGACCUUAGCAACGUACUCACCGGCAACGACCUUUCGCUUACAUGUUCGGUAACGAGCUCCCUGUCCAGUUACACGGUUGCCUGGUACAAGGUAGGAAGUGCUGUGGCCUUGACCUCUAGCACAGAUCACACAAUCAACGGGAGAGUCCUCACAAUCUUGUCCGCAGCCUCAGGGGAUGCUGGGAACUACUACUGCACAGCAACCAACUCUGCGGGAACCUCCGCAAACAGCAAUAAUGUGGAGGUCGUCCUCUACACUAUUCCGACAAAUGCUGUCAGCAGCCCGUCCAGCGUAACCACACAGGCAGGUCAGUCCUUCACACUGACGUGUUCCGCCUCCGCUUCACCGUCCAGUAGCAUAAGCUACUCCUGGAGUUUCGGUGGUUCUGUCUUGUCAACAACGCCAAGUCUGAAUGUGCCCAACGCCCAGAAAGGCAACAGUGGAACGUAUGUGUGUGACGCCACAAAUGCAUAUGGAACUACUUCGACAGACGUUGCUGUCGACAUCCAAUAUGCUCCACAAAGCGCUGUGUCACAGCCAUCUGUCUCGGCAGCCAUAGGUACCAGCGUCUCCCUGUCCUGUGACACUGACGCUAAUCCAGCUGCGACAUCUUAUGUCUGGUUUGACGGUAGCACUCAGCUCGCCGUCACUGAAAAGAUCAACUCUGUAGAGGCCGGGUCAGCAGUAAAGACAUACACGUGUCGGGCAACAAACGAUGUGGGACAGUCCGGGGACAUCGUGUUUACCGUCACUGGGACAUCCACAGGUGGUGGGGGCGAACCAGAUACGGGAGCCUCUACUGGUGAUACAGGCACCAGUCUUUCUACAGGGGUCAUCGUAGCUAUUGUCCUGGGCAUCGCCUUCCUCCUCUUGAUCAUCAUCAUCAUCAUUGUCUGCUGUAUAUGUUCAGGAAGCUGUAAAAAGAAGGAGAAGAAGAAGAAGAAGAAAAGUCAGAUCACGCCUAAACCCGAGCCAGAGGUUUACGAGACUCGUACAGAACAGCCUAUCUAUCAUGUAGAAACCUACACCCCCAGACACAAACCUAGGCCAUACAGUGAGUUUAACCCCUCCAUCGUAUCUCGGAAGCAUGUGGAUGUGGACAUGGAGAGCUCCGAUGGUCACGGCGGUUACGGAUAUAUAUACGGCAACAAUUAUCAAGCUGAAACUCAAAGGAGUACUACCUCCCGAUUUGUCGUGAGAGCCCCACCUUCUGCCGUGGAGAGUGAGAAUGGAACAAUCAUCUCUGUGUAUGAUGACAGCCGCCAUCUAACCUCUAAACGUGUAAAACACCCUGUCCACCUAUCAGGGGAACAUACGUAUAACACGGAGAAUACCCAUCGUGAAGCGCGACGUCAUCGUCGUCACAAAAAGAAGCAUCAUCACAAGAGGGAGGCAGGAGAGGGAGAAGAAAGUCCGCCAAGAAAGGAGAGAAGGGAAAGGGCCGAAUCUGAACACAGGGAUGGAAGCCGUAGAAAGAAAGAAAAAAGGGACAGGUCAAAACAUAGGAGGUCAAGGAGUGAAAGAAGAGGAGAGUCUGAGGAUCUUAGGGAACAUGGUUAUAUAAGUGACGGAAGUCCGGCUUAUAGCCAGGACAACUUAGUUACUACCAACUAAGUGACAAAGGUGACCUUGACCCUGAAAAUAGGAAUAUUUUUUAUAUGUGAUACGAAUGUGACUGGGACAAGCUUCCCAGCAACAGACGAAAAUGCUCCAAGUCCUGAUGCUGGUAAUCAGAUUUGACAAUCUGAUUUUCAAGGAUUUUUAAGGAUCUUCAAUAAGUGUGGAGUUGAAGGAAUUAAUCUAUUUUUAUAGUGCAUAAAUAUAGAGUGAUAAGUUACGAAUUAAAUAUCCUAACAUGUGAUAAAACACUAGCCUUGUGUGAUUAAUAACCUCUAAUGGGACAAAUGUGGUGAUUAUGUAUUAAGAUUAAGAGUCAAGAAAGUUCAUAUAUUAUGUACAUAUAAAUGUCUCCACCAAGAAAUUUAAGUUUUCUCAAUAGGUAUGCUAUACUUCAACUUCCAUAUCAGGCAAAGCAUUUGCGAGGGCAUUCCCAAAGCAUUACGAAAUCUUAAAACCCUUGCAAAAAUUUUGCACUACGCAAUAAAGUGUAUAUGAUAACAUUUUCAAACCAAAUCUAGUAAAGUGCAUAUCUCUGAGUGUUAAUUAGAUAAAAAUAAUGUACAGAAAAGCUCGCAUUUGUGAUUAUUUUUUUUAUAUUUGCAUUUUUUAUUUGAAUCUUGAUUUAAGAGUAAUUAUAACGAUAAUGCCAGUCCAUUUUCUGAUAAUAAGUACAUCAGGUUUUUUUUCUGUUCAUUUCGCAACUCAAAAAAUCCUGGUUAUAGCUUCACAUUUUGGCUUUAUCAUACAUUGUACUUCAUAAAAAUUCACAAUUUUUCAUAUAUUUUUUUGAAAAUUUCUAAAUUGAAUUGUUGAAUUCUAAUGCUUGAAAGUGUCAGGUCUUGACCUUAUCUGGAUAUUUGAUUAUUUUGAAAAGAAUGAUUUUUCACAAUUUUUGGAAAUUUUCCAUUCUUAAUUUUUGAAUUCUCAAAGAUAUGAUGAUAUGAGAAAAUAUAUAUGUAUAACAAUUAAUCUAGAAUGCUUUGUCUGGUAUUGUUAAAAGUUUGAUUUUUUAUGAUAAUUAUUCUUUAACUACUUUUAUUGGAAGCACUCUUGAUUAUUAUAUUAGAAAACUUAGUUAGCAAUAUUUAUAAAAAAUUGCAAUAUUCAUAUUUUUUUUACUUAUGUAUGAUCUUAAUUAAAUCUCUCACGAGAUCAAGUAAUGAAAUUUCACCUUUUUUGCAAUGUACUUAUACUUAUUAACGUGUCACGACUCUCUCAAGCUAGGACUAGUGAACUGAGUGAGGGGUUUAACAUUAUUUAAAUGUUGUACGAUGUGACGAAAUUCUUAUAAUCAAAUUCAUGUUUAUCAAUCAAAAACCCCUACAUCAUAACUAAUUUACAAUUUAGUUAGACAGGUAUCGUCCCAUAUAGAUUCUAGAACAAAUGUAUUAUUCACAGUUUUUUUUAUAACUGACCUCUCCGUUUGAAAUGCCUGGAAAAUUUGUUGAAAAUAAAUGAUGCUAUAUAAUAGUUCUUUAAAAGCAAUGUAUUCAAAUUGCUGUCAGAUCUUAUUUACGCUUAUUCAUCUAUAAAUUUAAAUGAGAUUUGAACGUCUUGUUUUAUCCGCAUAUCAUUUCACAUUGUGUAAAAUCACCAAGAAGGUCAAUUUUAAAAACAAAUGAUUCACAAAUCUCUUCUUACAGAUUUAAAAAAAGUGCUACUUAAAAUACUAUGGAUGUUUUCUUUAAACAUUACCAGGUAAACAUCGUUUGAAGUGCAAUUAUGAAAAUAAAUAAUUGUGAAAUAAUUAAUUGGUAUACCAUAGCUGACCUAUUAUCAUGCAAUUGAAAGUCUUUUUACAAAUAGUACAAACGAAUGCACAACCCUAACAAUACUACAUGUACAAGGUAAACUUUUGAACAGUUUAUGUUAGUGGUUAUCAAUAGGGGAAAAGUUUGUACCUUAAUUUAAAGUAAUUUGAUUUUAUGUUGAAAGACUUUGAUUAAUAAAAAUGUCUGCUAAUUGAAUUUCUUUCUAAACUGGAAUUUGUUUCCUUACAACAAUUUUAUUUGCUUAUUUGAUUAACUUAUUCACCCCUGAAGUCACAUUUGAACCCUUCCAAUUCAAAGGUUGGAAUAGUUCAUUAUGAAACUUAAGGGUGAAUGAGUUAAAUAGGGUACAGUGAUAGAUUAGUGUUGUAACAAUCAUUGAAUUAUUUACAUUUUUUUUAUUUAUUUAUACACUUUAUGUAAAUACAUGUAUCAAAAUUGCUUUACCUUUGUAAAUAUUUAUAUCUGUUAGCUUGUUAGAAACGUAUAUAUUCCUUUUCUUAAAUACAUGUCAUCCUAAAUAUGAACAUAUAUCUAUCAUACUUUAUAUUGUGUAUGUAUAUAUCAUGUAUAUAUAUCAUUAGGUAAAUACUCAUGUAGAUCAAAUGUUCAAUCUUUCAUUCAAAACCCUUAUUUACCUUAGACAUAUACUCUUUCAUUUAUAAAGAAGAGUUCACAAUGUUUAUUUUGUCAUGAUAGUGUUAAAGGUAACUUGCAAAAUGUUUACAUUUGAACAUUUUAAAGAACAGGUCCAGCAUUUUGUGCCGAAAAUAAGCUGAACAAUUCUUUGGCAAACAAAACUAAACAAAAUGUUUGAGGUAGUACAACAAACAAAAGAUUCUGGGAAAUUUGAGUGUCAUUGGGCAAAGGGGAUACUGGAAGUUGGGUUCGAUUUUAGUAGUAUUGCAUGGGUGUGUCUCUCCUCCCUGCAACGUUUAAUUGGAAAGGAAAUCAUACGUAGUGUAAGGAAUUUCUCAACCAAGCUUCUGUAUUUGUAAUAAUUUGUUAUGGUAUGUCUGACAAUAGAUUCAUUUUAGGUGCUAUGCAAAGAGAAAGUGAUAAUUGUAUUUGUUAUAAUUGCAGUUUGUGGAAUGUCCAGAGGAACUUGUAAUGUUCCUAGGCCUGUUGGGAUAGCAAUUAUUUUGGAGAUUGGUUUCUUUGAACAUUUUACACUGAUACUCUGUGCCAUGAUAGCUGUUAAAUUGAUGAUUAAAUGUCAUUUUCUGAAUACUUUAACAACUUGAUAAUGCACAUAUCGAGAUAAAAGAAUGUAAUAUAUGUAAAAAAAAAUCUUAAUUAGUUUAAUAAUGCAGAAUUGUGUUUCCUUUUAUACAUGUUUUGCAUUCAACUUCAGCACGAGGAGCUCCUUCAUAUAUUCAAAUAUUUUUGUUUUAAAAGAAUAAUUGUAAAAGCAUGCAUUCUUUCUGAAGACUUAUGCAAUGUGAAAAUGAAUACAUAAGAUAUUUAUAUGUAUUUUUUCAGAUUUUUUUUAUUGUUUAUGAGGUUACUGAAAUUUCAUUUGUUUAAAACUUCAAAUUAAUUUGACAACGUAACAUUUUCUUAUUAUUCUCUGUGAACUUUUCAGUUUGAACAUUAUAAGUUUAGGAAGAACUUACGACACCAAAAAAGUUUUAUUUCAAGUAUAAAAAACAACAGGGAUUUAUAAGGAUUUUGAUUUGUGUGAUGGAUAUUUGAUGAAAAUUCUUAUCUCAAAAUUAUUGAGAUUUAAAUUAGAACUUUUCCGUCCAUUUAAAAUGUAUUCUAUACUUUGAACCACAUUCAUAUGUGAUUUCCGUAGGAUUUUGUAACAUUCAAUAUGAUUGGAGAGAAAAAUUCCAUAUUUAUUGUAUCAGUUGUUGUGAUUGGACAGACUCAUUUUGUUACAGUAUUAUAUUCACAUAAAGAAUCUCAUUACUGAAAAUACCUUACUGCUUUUCAUUAGUUUGAUUCUUGUUAUUCCUUAAACUCUUUCUCUGCUAUAGGCAAAUAAAUUUGACAAAAUUUUGGAAUGCCCAUAUACCCUUUUAGUUUAUUGGAAAAAUGCAUUUUCUAUCUGGAUAUUUAUUAUUUGUAAUAAUUGAUGCAGUCCUUGUAAACAGUAGUAGGGUUUAUGUGUUUGUUUAGUCUGAAGAAGGCAAACUUGCCAACUCUACUGAAGGGGGGACUUCCGAUUUUGUACCCUAAUGAAUUUGCUAAGCUAUUCCAUUUUUCUUAGAUGUAAUAAUUUUUAUCUGAAAGAACAACUCGGAGGAUGCCAUUAUCAAGUGUAGUAUUUUCCCUUGGGGAUAUAUGCUGUAUAUAUAUACGCAUUUUGUUAUCUUUAUAAUUUUGAGCAUGCAGAACUUUCCCGUGGAAAUUUUAAAAUGUUGGCAAGUAUAUAUGUGAAAGAAAGAUAAUUUUGUUUAUAUAUUCUUUUAUAUUUGAUAUGGCUGUGGAAAGGACUUCUGGAUUUCAUGUUAAUCGUUUCAUUUGUCAUGUAUUUAUUUUGGUACAUAAAGAGGUUGAAAUGGAAUAAGUCUGUAAACUGGAUUCUUAUUAAGAUUCUUAAUAAUUCCGUCCAGAGAAGGUUUAUCAGAUUUUAGAUCAUUCUGUCCAGAGAAGGUUUAUCAGAUUUAAUAAAAACUCUAUCCACCAGUUAUUAAGCAGAUUUUAAAUCUGUGCAGAGAAUAUUCCGCUGAUCAUAAAUAAUUCCGUCCAGAAAAUUAUUUAACAGAAAUAAAAUAAUUCCAUCAAGAAAAUCUUGAGAAUACGCUCUACCUCUAAAAUCAUGGACAACUAAUUAUACUGCCUGUUGGUUGUUAGCACAUCCAUGAUCAGCACAUAAUGUGAUAAAACAGACAGUUAUGGCCAUGUUGUUAAUUUAUUUUCAUGAUUUUUUAACGCUUUUAAAAGAUAUCAAUAUUAUAUUUUUUAUCCUUGUAAAUAACCUUUAUCAUGACCUCUCAACUCUUGACAUCAUGAUUGGGAUAGUAGAGGUGACAUUGUUGAUUUCAAAAUGUAGUGCUUUAAAGCUUCAAAACAAUGUUCAAAGAUGUCAUUAUUUUCAAAUUAUUUGUAUAAGGUUUUGUUUUUGAGAUAGAAAAAAUCUUAGACCAGUUAAAAUCCCAUAUGAGAUUUAUGAAACCAGUACAAAGAUUUUAUUUUAACUCUGUACAUUCUCUUACUUAAAUGAAAAGUUCUAGACAUGUUUUAUAAUCUCUUAAUGGUUUGAAAUUUACUCAAGAUUAUACAGAUAUGGUUUAAUAAGGUAAACGUUACAAUACAUAAAGUACUAUUGGUUUAAUAUAAAUAUGUUUUUAAUUUUUUGCUUUAAUUAUAACUAAUUAAUUAAAAGAUCAGUUGAUAUUGAAAAAAGGAUGCUUUAUAACACGUAACAUAUUUGUGGGGGCCUCCUCUGAUUUGAGUUUACAAACUAUUGGUUGACAUGUAGUUUCACCAUUUGUAUGUGUUAUGAUAUAAGGUUCUUGAAACAAGAAAAACAUAAACACAUUUUGUGUAUGCUAAAGGUAUUUAUACAAAAAGAUCUACUUGUUUUCUUUUAUUUUUCAUGUUCAUUUUCAAUCAUAAUAGAGUUUCUCAUCUUACGACAUGUAAGACUUUUACAUUUUCAAGAUUUUGUUCAUACAAAUUGGAAAAGUGCAGUUAUCUCCCUUGCAUUGUUAACUGUUGGUUAUUUUCUGUUCAUGUUAUCAAAGUAUUAAAAAAAGAUUUUCAUGCUGUAGAUGAAAACUCUGAAAUAAAUUCAUUCUAUAUUAA